UGCUUUCGUUCGCUGCCCCAAUCGCUGCGCCUUCAAUCUCGAAAUUUGAAAACAUGACUAAGAGGACAAAGAAGGCUGGCAUUGUUGGAAAAUAUGGUACCCGUUAUGGGGCUAGUCUGCGGAAGCAGAUUAAGAAGAUGGAAGUUAGCCAACACAGCAAAUUUUUCUGUGAAUUUUGUGGAAAGUAUGCUGUGAAGAGGAAAGCUGUAGGAAUAUGGGGAUGCAAGGACUGUGGUAAAGUGAAAGCAGGCGGUGCUUACACUUUGAAUACCGCAAGUGCUGUGACUGUAAGGAGCACCAUCAGGAGGUUGAGGGAACAAACUGAGGGUUGAGCUUUUAGUUGAUGCUAGUUUUUUUACUCUGUUAAACACUGCGAAAUGCCUAGAUUAUGUUCAGAGAACUGCAUUGAUUGUAUUCAAAGUAAACUUUCAUUUUAAAUUUUAUCUUUAUCAGACUCCUAAUUUUAAUUAUUUGGCUCGUGU